CUCGGGGCUUCCCAUAUGAUCGCACUGCAUCCACCCAACUACACAAUUCCAACUCGAGUCUUAAGUAAACCAGAAACUUUCGGUAGUUUGAUUACCGCCUGAUGUUGGAUGUUAUAAAUGGAUGGACGUCUUGCACCGCGUAGACAUCAAAGAAAACGGGAUUUUAACUUUGAAAGGCAAAUUUGCAGGCAGUUCAUAAAUGGGUCAUGCAGGCUUGGUCAGCACUGCUUUUAUUUGCAUGAGUGGCCGUCAGUGACUUCUGCUCAGGUGUGCCGAUACUUCCAAAAAGGAGGCUGCUGGUAUGGUGAAAACUGCAGAUAUCUUCAUAUUCCUUCUGAUGGUGGGGCUUCUGGUGCCAGGCGAGGUUCAGCGCCGGUAGUUCACUCCUCUGCAUUAACGGCUCAUGGUUCAGGUAGUCGCAGAGGGUCUGAACCCUCGCUUUUCCUACCACAAGGUGCACACAGCUCAAGACGGCGUGGGUCUGAGCCUCUGGUUAGACGUCAGAACACUCUACCCCCACUAACGGCGAAUAUUGUUGAGGAGGAAGAAUAUGCAGUGUUGGAAGGGGAGACUUUGUCGCACCUUCAAGGGGAAAGACGACCACAUCAAAGUAAAGGUUCUUCAGUCACCAAGAAGUCUCAUGGAUUGGCAACAACUUCUGAAACGCAACAGGUGUGUAGCCUGCAGGAUGUACCGGUGGGUGGUGCUUCAGCUGUUGGGGGACAAUCUGAGGCUUAUAAUCGAAGCAAAGAUGUGCUAUGCGGCAUCUGUAUGGACAAGGUUUAUGAGAAAAGCACAGCCAGAGAGAGGCGCUUUGGCAUUCUGCCCAACUGCAGCCAUGCCUUCUGCCUUGGCUGCAUCAUGACCUGGCGAAAGACCAAAGAGUUCCAGGAAGAUGUUAUAAAGGCCUGCCCACAGUGCCGAGUGAAGUCAACAUUUUAUAUUCCCAGCAAGUACUGGGUCUCUGACGGUGACGCAAAGGCAGUACUAAUCGCAUCCUUUAAAGAAAAGAACAGUAAAGUGAAGUGCAACUACUUCCUGAGUUAUGGAUGCUGCCCCUUUGCAUCAGAGUGCAUCUUCAGCCAUGAAAUGCCACCAGGACACAGACCUCAACGCAGACGUUUUAGACCAAAGAGUGCUGUUGAGUUGCUGGAGAGUAUGGAUAGUGAAGAACAAAGACUUUUGAGCUACUUCAUUGCCCUAACUCUUUUGGAUGAUGAGGACUUUAAUUUUCUUGAGGAGUAUGAACUCCUAUGAAGCAUGAUGGUCAAGAGCUAAUUGAUUGUCUCCUCUGGUAAUGCUGUGGCUUGAAGUGAUCCAUCUAAUUCCAGUUUCAGAUCACUUGCUCUCCAGCUGUUCUGUAUGCUGCUUAAGCUGUUGUAUGUUUGCUAACUCUCCUAAUUUGGAUUUUUAGCUAUGUUGGGUUAAUUGAAAUGGUUUUUGGUGGUAGAAAAAGACUUGGUUUCUUAAAAAAAAAAAAAAAAAAAAAGGAAAAAAAGCAUAGAUGCUCUUGUAUUAAGUCAAUUUCAAUACUUGAAUUUAGUGCUUGUUUAUGUAUAGUUGCUGUAAUAACCUGAUAUUUGCACCAUUUUGUAUUACUUUAAUAUUAGAUUUUAAUGUCUAGUUUUAUUUUGUCUAAACUAGGUGUACAGCUUGGCUUAGAAGUCUAAAGUCCAACACGGUGUGGGUUUAAGGUGGAAACACCCACUGAUCCAAAUAAUCUGGUUGGGUGUUUUUGCCAAACUAUGCUGGAUUCUGGCUGUCUAAGACUAGAACUGUACUAUCCUUGUCCAAAUUCUGCCACUUGAGCCAUGUCUGACAUUCUGGGUAAACCAAAUGCUACUGACUGUUUUGAGGCACUUAUCAACUUGAUGUUUCAAAACAAGACAACUGUAACCUGUUGAUAGGCUUCACAUAAACCUGGUAUAUUUUGCAGUGUUAACAGGUAUAACAGACUUGGCAUCACAUUUUAUACCUUUUUACUGUCUGCUUGAAGAAAAAAAAUAAAGUGUUUGCCUCA